CUGCAUUCUGUUCCAGUGUUCCCACAGGCCACAGCCUGACCUCACCGACCUCGAACCCGAACCCUCUCUUCGUCUCACCGCCCCAAACAAAACCCAACCCAUUCUAUUCAUUCUUGCCUAUCGCACCCUUCUCUAUUCUCUUCUUAUUCUGUUAUUCAUCAACUCAACACCAACACCACACAAAUCUCUCAUAUUUCUCAGCUAUUUUUCACUGCACAAUCACCACAACAACAUCAAUAUGGGUUACGAAGACGAUCCGUAUCGCGAUGAGGACGGAGAACCCUUGAUGGAUUAUGAUGACAUGCAAUCCGAUCCCGAGCCGGAGCCCCACCACGACGAUGCUCUCCUCGAUGAUUACGAGGACGAAGGGGACGGUGGCGAUUGGCGACGCCGCGAGCGCUCGCAGACUCCGGUCUACGAUCACGAUUCGUCCAAGUCGAAGCCCAGGAAGAGGCUCGUUAAGAAGGGCGACACCGGGAGGCAGUCGGUGGCGCCGGAGCUCGAAGACGAGGUGGCGGAGGAGGAGUAUGACGUCGGGGCGAGGUUCGCGAGGGAGGGAUCGGAGGAAGGGAGGAAGAGGAAGAAGGGGAAGGAGGGUGGAAGUGGGAAGAAGGAGAAGAGGCUUAAGGGGGAGAAGAGGUUUGCGAGUGGCGGAAGUGGGAAGAGCGGGUCCAAAUUUGGGGGAUCUAAGAAAGCGUUUGGUGGAAAAGGAGGCAAAGAUCAUGACGGUGAAGUUAAGGAGAUGUGGGAUACCAUUGCUGGCGGCGAUUCUGAGGAUGAUCAUGAUGGUGUUAGGAACGUGGAUGAUGACAACUUUAUAGAUGACACUGGGGUGGAAGCUGGUGGUUACUAUGGCAGUGAUGAACCUCGUUCUCCUGGUGAUGCUCCCCAGGCAGAGGAAGGUGAAGAGGAUGAUGAAAUUAAGGAUCUUUUCAAGGUAGGUAAGAAAAAGAAGAAGAAUGAGAGAAGUCCUGCAGAAAUAGCUUUAUUAGUUGAGAACGUCAUGGCUGAGCUUGAGGUCACAGCUGAAGAGGAUGCUGAACUUAAUAGACAGGGGAAGCCUGCCAUUAAUAAACUAAAGAAGUUGGAUCUUCUAACAGAAGUCCUCUCGAAGAAACAGCUCCAAUUAGAGUUUUUGGACCAUGGAGUACUAACUUUGUUGAAGAAUUGGCUUGAGCCACUUCCUGAUGGAAGCUUGCCAAAUAUUAACAUACGCACAGCAAUUUUGACUAUUUUAAAUGAUUUUCCUAUUGACCUAGAGCAGUAUGAUAGAAGAGAACAGCUGAAGAAGAGUGGUCUUGGGAAGGUGAUCAUGUUCUUAUCGAAGUCCGACGAAGAAAUCAAUGUAAAUAGAAAACUAGCUAAGGAACUGGUUGACAAAUGGAGUCGACCCAUAUUUAAUAAGAGUACACGGUUUGAGGACAUGAGAAAUGCUGAGGAGGACAGGAUUCCUUUCAGGAGGCCAACCGUUAAAAAGCCGGCAAAUAAAGCAGCAGGGAUGGAAUCUAGAGAUGGUGAUCUUGAUUUGGAAUUUUCACAGCCUAGGUCUGGACAGUCUUCUUCAAGGCAACAUGCAUCAAGGCCAGAAGCAACACCUCUGGAUUUUGUGAUCCGUCCCCAGUCUAAAAUUGAUCCAGAAGAAGUUAGAGCGCGAGCAAAAGCUGCUGCACAAGAUCAGCAGAGAAUGAAGAUGAAUAAGAAGUUGCAGCAGUUGAGGGCACCAAAGAAAAAGCAGCUUCAAGCUACAAAACUAAGUGUGGAAGGUCGUGGCAUGGUCAAAUAUUUGUAGGUCUGUUGACUGGUUGGGUUGUUAUUAUAAAGGAGCCAACCAGUGACUGCUUCCUUUGCAGACCUGUGUUCUGUGGUCUGAAUUUCAAGUUUGACGGGUUGCUGUUAACAUCCUCCCCGUUAUCCCUGCGCGUUUGUUGCGUAUUCAUCAAUUGCAUAAAUGAUUCCCCUAAGUAUGGGAUUGUGGUGCACAUGCUGUUAAUUAUUGUUUAAUAAUCAAGCCUCGGUUUGUCAUCUCAGUUCAAUGACACUGGAGUCUCUUCUGCAUCCGUACUUGGGGUGUGUUUCGAUCUGGCUUUUUUUAAACAAAAUAUUUAUUUGUUUAAUUUUAUGGGAAGAUUUUUAUUGUUAGGAAAUGUAAUUUAUAUUCAGAUGAAAAAUACAAAAAUUCUUAUUAAGUAAUUUUUUAAAUAUUAUUUAGAAA